AGGAAAUUCAGUGGGCCAUGUCUUUCCCGUUAUUGAUCAAAUUAUAUGAAAAUAACCCAUAUAGCGAGACCAUAUAGUGAGAUGAACCAGCAUGGUGGUCUAGUAGGUAGCACUAGCUAGAAAAUUCUGAGGUUUGGGGUUUGAAUCUGGGCUUUGCCCUUCCUUUGUGGUUUAGCAUGCAAUUGCAUGUUCUUCUCUUGCUUGGCUUUUCUCCAAAUACUCUGACUUCCUCCCACAUUCCAAAACAUGCAUAAUAGUUUAAUUCCAUUUGCUUGUCUACGUGGCUGGUGACCAGUCCAUGAUCCCAAAGCCCAGUGGGAUACGUUCCAGCCCACCUGCGAUCAUAAUGAGGAUGAUAUAGAAAAUGGAUGCGUGGAUAGUGAGGCGAUUCAGCAUGAUGAUAUAGUCCGACAGUGAAAAGUAAGAGGGCAAUAUAUUUGACAGCAGUGGUAACAGACGAGUGAAAGCCAAAGCGAGACUUGAAUCAAUUUGCGUCAAUGUGUGCUUGUGUGUGUGCCAGAGGCAUUGCAUAGUGAGCAUCAAGAGUUGGGCGGGGUGAACAAGGGCUGCUGACCUAUAUCCUGUGAGCUUCAUCACCAUCUCAGCUUUUGAUUGUUGACUGCAGUCGUCGCCUUGGCAAAAGAAGCAUCGCAGAUACUCACGAAUCAAAAUGUCGGCACUAGUGCUGCGAAAGAUUUGGCACAUGCACAUACUUUUCAUAUUUGUAAAUAUAUUUUACAUCUACGUUUAAAACAAAUGUGAUGUAUCUAAUAUAAAGUAUUCCUGAACAAAAUGUCAAUUCAGCCUUUCAUCAUAUUAUAAUCUUUCAUUAAAUCAUGAGUAUUUGAAUAUUUGUGCAAGAGUACAGUGUUUCUCCUCUUUAAGAUUCAUCAAAGUUUUCUUGGUAUACUUCUACUAAUGCUUCACUAAUGCCAAUUCUAUUCACUGUAUCGCUAUAAUAUGGCUAUGAAAAUGUGUGGAUAUUGUACAGCGAGUGACUCACACGGUUGACCCAGUUGGCAUGAAGGGUGUGCAGCAUCAGAUACAUUUCUUGUUUCCUGGCAACCGUGCAGGUACGUUUCAAUGCAUUCAUUCUUUCUGUUCAUCUCAUAGAACAUUUUGUUCUAUGUCAUGCUAAACCAGCGAAUCCACUCCAAGGGCAAAGUAGAUCAUCUAGCUGUUCCUUGACAGUUAUUGUUAUUGUUAUGUUGUACUUUUCUUCUGACUUCUGGUUGGUUGUAAAAGCAUUUUCUAGGUGGCCUCUCUUAUGUGUCACCCCUCUCGCUAGUCACGACAACCGACCCACCAUAGAUACUGCGAUGAGCGGCAGCGCUUCAUGGAGCGCAUGCACUGGGAGGGCAAAAUGGGGCAGAGUUACUGGAGGAGGCGCGUGGAUCACAAGAACCCCUCAGAGAGACACUGGGAAGCACUGAGAAACAUUGGACUAGUGGAGGCUGAGGAGGGCAGAGGCAGAUCCAACGCUGGACACUUAUAUGACAAUAUGUAUACUGGCAAUAACGCCCUGAUGAUGUCACAAGACAUCUAUCCAACCAAUGGGUACAUGUCCAGAGGGUCCAGCACACAGCACCACGCCACCAACUACCUGCCCGGCGUCUCCUACAGCUUGGACCAUCUGGACCGCCUGGACUACCAGGCUCCAGAAAUGUCGGCGUAUCAGCCCACUUCCGAAAGUUGUCUGCUUGGCUGUUACAACACUGGAGAAACGGAGCAGAAGAAUUCUUCCAGACAGGUCGUUCUUCCUGCACCAUUAAUUUUUGAACAAUCAGAAAUUUUGACAAACAAGGGAAAAAAAUCAUUUCGUUCUCGUACACUAACAUUAGUGAUUUCUUACAUGCAGUCCAACUACUACCCCACCUGGCGUCCUCUGGGCUACAUUUCCCUCAAUGAGCUGGACAGCCGACUGGGCUGCGACCCUGAUAGCCCACAUAACCGGGUGCCACUCUCUGAAGGCGAGACGGAUGCCAUUUCAUCACUUCCGGGCCACACCCCCUCCUCUCAGGGCUCCUCCUCUUCCUCCGAGUCGCUUGUUUCUUCAGAACCCAGCGACUCAGGUUUCCACAGCGUCAGCACUGGUGAGCAUAGGUCUCGCCACAAAAACGCCCAUCACCUACUGUUGGGCCACUCCCCCCACAAGCAGAGAGGUCACUGGGAUCUGGAGUCCAUCCCUGAGACAAUGCUCAUGAGCCACACGGGGGCGCAGCAAUCUUCCCGCUGCAUGGUGGGCAACAGCACCACUACCAGGGUGCACUUCAACCGAGCGGAGAAGAGUCCCACAUUGCUUUGCAAGCGGUCGCUACCUUCGCCCUCCCCCGGUUGUCGUACUGAGCCCUGUCAGCGGAGGGCAUUGUGGCUGGAGCAGCACCAAGCAAGAGGCUGUACCAUUGAGGUGCCGGGAUGCAGUCGGACCGUAAUGGAUCUGAGUGAAGCCCAGCAGCAUCGCAGGGAAAGUCACCCCAUGAAACCAAACCUGGUAACGAAGCAGGUCCAGAAUAGCCAACCACAUCCAGCCAAUAACACGCUGGUUCUGAUGAGCCAGGAUAGCUAUCCUGCUUACCUCAGCAUAGACAGAACUAGCCUGACCAGUCACCAGAGAACCAGAACUGGCCAGAGUGCAGGCAGCAAUAGGGAAGAGGACUCCAGGAGUCAUAGCUUGGUUUCUAGUGGCUCAACAGACUGGCGUACGUUUCAGACUCUGGGAAAUCAAGCCAGAAUUCAAAAAGGUUCUGCUGGUCCUUAUUACAACACCCUGGGAGCGCACAGGAAACCCCGGUCUCCACCUUCCCCCCACUGUCGCCAGUCCAAUCAGAAGUCCGUCAGGAAUCAGCUGCUCCGUGCCCGAGCUUACAAGCUGGCGCGGGAACGCAGCGAGGUCACCACUGACGAGGAGGUGCAUGGGGACGGAGAGGGGCCGGGAGACCACCUAGGGGUGGACGGGCCCUGGGCCGGCCGGUACUGGAACCGGGCUGAGAGGAGACGUCACCUGGUGCUGUCACGGCAACAUAGAGAGCGGCGCAGUGGUGAUGAGCCCAUGGGGAGUGGAGGUCAGAGCUCUCUGUCUUCCCAGAUGGUUCUGGAGCUGAGCCACAGGAAGCAGAACCGACUAAGGAACAGCAAGCUACUUGAUGAUUGGACAACAGUGGAGGAACUGCUUACACAUGGGACCCGAGUGGAGGUGGACAUUCAACUGUGCCCCAGCCCUCUGCUGUCUGUUACUACUGUCUGAUGGGGUGGAGCCUCAUACCUAAUGAGGCUGACACAUCUAUCCCAUUCAAGUUUAUUUGUUUGUUGGUUCAAAAUCAACAGAAGUCAGGUAUCAUGUUGACACUAGGGGUAGCUGUGGAGACCACACAAGAUAUCCAAAUGGACCAAACUUUAGAAUUGACUGAACUGAAGGUUUAGUGUGAUGCUCAGAACACAUCAAAGCCAAACUAGACACAGCAGGACUACUUGUGGGCCACAAUACACGAGUGGGUACGCCUUUUCACAUUUCAGUUCCAUAUUUGCCUUUUUUUUUUUUUUGCCAAGACUUCCACCCAACUAUCCAAUCAAAAGACUAUUGUUAGCUGUUAGCUUAGCAUAACAGAAACAGAUGAUUUUAUUAUUAGCUACAGAAGACCAGAUUAGUUUGUUGAUGGCCCACAGCUGCUGGACUAGCAACUAGCAGCAUUAGUAGCCUUUAUUGAUAGAAAAUACUGUUUUUUUUUCAUGCCUUGACAAUUGAUCUUUCACAAAGACUUCCUCCAGUCCUUGAGUUACUGUUGCUAAGUCCUUAAGGUUUCAGUGUUGUGCUACCAUAUCAAAGUCAGACAGGGGCCCCUUGCAAAACCAAUUAAAAUGCUAGGCUAACAUACCAUACACAUCAUAGACAAAAAUGGAGUGGAAAAAAACUGGAGUAACAUUAGAAUUUUGGUUAGUGAGGUAUCAACAUUUUAGCAUUUUUUAAAGACAAUACAAAUACAUUGUCUGCGAUUGGCUGGCGACCAGUCCAGGUUGUAACCUGCCUCCCAAAGACACCUGGGAUAGGCUCCAGGUAAUCUGUGGCCCUAAUGAGGAUAACCAACACUGAAAAUGGAUGGGUGGACAAUUACAGAGCAGUGAAAACCUAUUUUCCCCCCUCCUGAUUUCAGAUUUAAUUUUUUACAUAUUGAUUACACAUAAAUGUUCUCCGUCAUAAAGACAACCCAAGUAAAUACAAAGUGCAAUUUCAGGUCAAUGACUUCAUUUAUCAAGGGGGGGAAAAAAUCCAAAUGUAUCUGAUCCUACAUAAAAAAGUAAUUGUCCUUAAACAGUUCCUGUCAGACAAAGUAGGCUACAAGAUAUCAAAGGGUAACAUAUCAUCCCAUGAUUCAAAGAAAUACAAGAACAGAUGAGAAACAUGGUGAAAUCUAUGAGUCUGGAAACGGUUAAAAUGUCAUUUCAAAGGCUUCGGUACUCCAGCAAACCACGGUCAGAGCCAUUAUCCACAAAUGGACAAAAAACUGGGAACAGUGGUAAACUUUCCAAGAAGUGAUAAAAGAACCAAAAUUACUCCAAAAGCACAAGGACGACUCAGGAGGUGACAAAAUAAUUCAGAACGACAUCCAAAGAAAUGCAGGCCUCACUGACCUCAUUUAAGGUCAUUGUUUCUCAACCAUAAGAAAGACGCUGGGGGGAAAAGGCGAAAAGCACUGCUGACCAAAAAAUUUUUUAAUAAAAAAUAAUUUAAAAAAAAAGAACACAAAGGCUCAGCUCACAUUUGCCAAGAAAAAUCUUGAUGAUCCCCUCGACUUUUGUACAACCCCAAUUCCAAUGAAGUUGGGACGUUGUGUUAAACAUAAAUAAAAACAGAAUACUAUGAUUUGCAAAUCAUGUUCGACCUAUAUUUAAUUGAAUACUCUACAAAGACAAGAUAUUUAAUGUUCAAACUGAUAAACUUUAUUGUUUUUAGCAAAUAAUCAUUAACUUAGAAUUUUAUGGCUGCAACACGUUCCAAAAAAGCUGGGUCACGGUCAUGUUUACCACUGUGUUAUAGCACCUUUUCUUUUAACAACAUUCAAUCAACGUUUAGGAAUUGAAUUCUUUCCCAUUCUUGCUUGAUGUACAGCUUCGGCUUUUGAACUUUGCAUCCAUAACAGUCCGGAUGGUUCUUUUCCUGUUUGGCCAGGAGGACACGACGUCCACGAUUUCCAAAAAUAAUUUGAAAUGUGGACUCAUCGGAAGACAGAACACUUUUCCACUUUGCAUCACUCCAUCUUAGAUGAGCUCGGGCCCAGAGAAGCCGGCAGCGUUACUGGGUGUUGUUGAUAAAUGGCUUUUGCUUUGCAUAGUAGAGUUUCAAGUUUCACUUACGGAUGUAGCGCAAAACUGUAUAUACUGACAUUGGUUUUCUGAAGUGUUCCUGAGCCCAUGUGGUGAUAUCCCUUACACAUUGAUGUCGGGUUUUUGAUGCAGUGCCGCCUGAGGGAUCGAAGGUCACUGGCUUUCAAUGUUGGUUUUCGGCCUUGGGGCUUGCAUGCAGUGAUUUCUCCAGAUUCUCGGAACCUUUUGAAGAUAUUAUGGACCGUAGAUUAUGAAAUCCCUAAAUUCCUUGCAAUUGUACGUUGAGGAACAUUGUCCUUCAACUGUUCGACUAUUUUCUCAUGCACUUGUUCACAAAGAGGUGAACCUCGCCCCAUCUUUGCUUGUCAAUGACUGAGCAAUUCAGGGAAACUCCUUUUAUACCCAAUCAUGGCACCCACCUGUUCCCAAUUAGGCUGUCCACCCGCAGGAUGUUCCAAACAGGUGUUUGAUGAGCAUUCGUCAACUUUCUCAGUCUUUUUUGCCACCUGUCCCAGCUUUUUUGGAACGUGUUGCAGCCAUAAAAUUCUAAGUUAAUGAUUAUUUGCUAAAAACAAUAAAGUUUAUCAGUUUGAACAUUAAAUAUUUUUGUCUUUGUAGUGUAUUCAAUUAAAUAUAGGUUGAACAUGAUUUGCAAAUCAUUGUAUUCUGUUUUUAUUUAUAUUUAACACAAGGUCCCAACUUCAUUGGAAUUGGGGUUGUACAAACGUGAAAGGUCUUUUGCGUCAUCUUCUUAUCAUCUUAGUCACUCAAAUUUAGCCUUGUGAAACAUACUGUAAAUUUCCAGAUGAACAUUUGACUAUUAGAAUUACUUAAACCAAUUCUGUAUGAACAAAGAUUUGGGAGUGACACAACAUGACAGAGAACUCUGCAAGAUGGUGUGUGUGAGUGUGUGAGUGUGUGUGUGAGAGAGAAAGAGGGCGAGAGUGAGAGAGAGCGAGAGCAAGAGAGCGCGUGUGUGUGUGUACACCAAAGGACAUAGUAGUAUGGCCAAAGAUGUGACUUUGACAUUGUAUAACAACCAAAGUCCAUUUUACAAUAUUAUUUUUCUAUAAAGCACAAAAUGCUUGCAGACAUGUUUGUAGCGUUGAUGUGACUUAGCAUUAAGCUGCACCGAGCGUGUGACAUCCUGACUGGAGUCAUUCAGAGUUUGAUUGAAAUUCCAAAAUGUUUGUGUUUGUUUUUAAACACACUUCCUUCUUGCAAUGAUGUAACAUUAGCAUGAUGUAAAUGUUAGCAUGCCGUAAUGACAUCAUCCAACUUUAGGGAAGAGCAGCUAAAGCACCACAUUUCACAGUGUGGUUGGGACGAUUAUUUUCACUCAAAUGGAGAGUACCACAGUAUGUUUUUGUCCCCCAGAAAUAAAUAAUGACAUUGUACUAUG